UCUACCAAUGAGCGUCCUGUCUCAAAACUCAGACCGUCCAAGCCAAUCACUUCUCGAAUUGAUGAUACCAUAUUACGGGUAAGUCAAACGUUGUCGAGCAAGAGGGGGGCCGCGUCGCUCGUAGUGUCUACGGACGGAAGCCUGGCCGGUAUUAUGACUGAUACCGACAUCACACGCAGAGUGGUUGCAAAGCAUAUUGAUACGUCAGCAACCUCUGUGAGCGAAGUUAUGACUCCAAAUCCAACGUGUGUUGCCAUGAGCGAUUCGGCAAUGGACGCAUUGACUACGAUGGUCGAGAAUCAUUUCAGGCAUCUCCCUGUUGUAGACGAUCAAGGGUCAGUGGUUGGCCUGUUGGAUAUAGCGAAAUGCUUAAACGAUGCAAUCAGCAAGUUGGAGCGCACCAGUGAAAAGACGAAUAGUGCUGCGGAGGACGCGGUGAAGCAGAUGGUGGCGCAGCAAGGAGCCGGUGGAGCCCAAGCUGCUGCACUGAAGGCACUCCUCGGCAAUCUCAUGUCGCAGGCGUUCGGAGGGAAGCAGAUGCCGACGCUUCGUAGUCUCUUGGCAGGAAAGCCAGGGACACUUGUUGAUCCAUCUACGAGCAUUCGUAACUGCGGUCUACGGAUGGCAGAUAGUCGCAAAGCGGCUCUGGUAGUCGACGACGGCGAACUUGUGGGUGUGUUUACUUUCAAGGAUAUGAUGUCGCGAGCCGUGGCUAAGGAGCUAGAUCUCGACGUGACUCCGGUGUCACAGGUGAUGACUCCCAGUCCGGAGUUUGUGUCGCCGGAUAUGACUGUCUUGGAGGCCUUACAAUCGAUGCACGACAAUAAGUUUUUGACUCUUCCGGUUUGUGAGAGCGAUGGUCGGGUCGUUGGUCUGGUUGAUGUAAUGGACGUCAUACAUGGUUGUGGUGGAGCUGAAGGCUGGAAGUCCAUCUUUAGCAAUACCCCUUACGUAACAAAGCUUCCUGGAAAUAUUCCGGCGACUUUGGAAUUCGAAGAGCCUGAUGACCACGCUUCCUUCAAUGGGAGUACAAUCGGUGACGAAAGGGGCGUGUCCAAGCUGCUUAGUCCCGACGAAGGAAGUCUUGCCGCGGUUGUCGGUGUUUUUAAAGUCACCGAACCAAACGGAAGGACCCAUCGCAUUCGAUGCGAAACUUUGGUCACGGAGCUUCUAGAGGCGGUUGCGGAGAAGGUCGAUAUUCCCCGAAGCCGUUUGCAGAUCCAGUAUGUCGACGACGAAGGGGACACGGUCGUAAUAACGACUGAUCACGAUGUCACGGAAUCGUGGUCCUUUGCUCGCAAAGCUAACCAAAAAGUCGCUAAAUUGAAU